AUGGCCUCGGCAAUGUCGAUUGCGCAGAAGCGCAAACAAUCGAUCGCACGCAAGACUCCUCGCACUGGUGCAAAGGGACUUCCUUCGCGCACAGGUAGUAAAAAGCUUCCAGGCACUCGCAUUAAGAAGGGAUACAGAUAUGCCCCAGGUAAUAAUGAGCAGGACGAUGAUGAGCAGGAUGAAGAUAAGCAGGAACAAGAUAAGCAAGAUCAAGAUGUCCGAGAUCAAGAUGUCCAAGGUCGAGACUUUCAAGCUAGUUAUAAUCAAGAAGAGCUAGAUGAUGAUUCUAGCGAUAAUGAGCAAACUCUUAAGCAGAGGCUAGAAGCCUAUGCUAAUGAGCUGGUAGCGGCAGCUCACGCGCUUACUAUUGCGAAAGAGCGUUCAGAAGAUGGCUUACGCCUUGCUCAGGAAACUCUCGAGGGAGACGCAAAGAAAAUUGCGCGUCAGUUUCAUCGUUGGCAGCGGCUGAAUUUCGAGGAUCAACUUUGCGCUUAUCAAAAGAUACAAGACGCUGAGGUAGAGGCCUUGAAGCAGCAAGCAAAGGAGCAAGCUGCUCUAGAUGCUCAGCUACUUACUAAGAACUAA